AUGAUGUGGACUUUUCAUGGCUGCAUUGGAUUUGUUAUCUGCUCCAGUUUCUGCAUACUGCUUGGGUUCUCCUUCCAAGGACGUUUUACUGAGCUGCCCUCGAAUAUAACAGCUGAAGAAGGUCAAAAUAUUGAGAUGGCGUGUGCCUUUCACAGUGGUGCAUCAUCCGUUUACCUGGAAAUCCAGUGGUGGUUCUUCGGAGUUCCUGAGGACACCAACAGCAGCGAGGAGGACACUGACACGCAGAUGGACUCAAUAUCAGAAAGCGAUCCAGAUGAUGAGGGCACAAAAAUAAGUACAGUGAGGGUACAAGGAAACGACAUCUCCCACAGGCUGCACAUAUCCAAAGUGGUCAGGAGUGAUGAGGGUCUCUAUGAGUGCCGAGUGACGGACGCAAACUACGCAGAGCUGCUGGAUUAUAAAGCUGGGGCGUACCUCCGGGUCUCUGGCGCCGCUCGGCCAUGGAGCGGCGUGCUGACCAAGACGUCCCCUUUGCACCUGACGGAUAAGAAGCGCCGGAAAGGCCUCUCGGAUGCUGCACGUGACGGAAGAGUGAGCUCAGGGAACCCGCUGGCCCACCCUGCAUCGGGCCCUCACACUUCACCCUCUGCUGAGCCGAAACAUGGGCCCUCUUCAGGCAGGACAGCGCAGGUGACCCUGGGUGCCCGAUUCAUUCUAACGGCCCUCAUUAGAGGCAUCAUUUCCCACCACAAGCAGAAGGACGACACCUGCUAUGCAGUGAGCACAGAGAAUCACCACAAAUAG